AUGCCUGAAUCUCGUAAAUUCUUUGUCGGUGGGAAUUGGAAAAUGAAUGGUAGCCUUUCAGAUAAUGACAAGUUGAUUCAAAUUCUGUCUGAAGCUCAGUUUGGCGAAAAUAUAGAAGUCUUGGUGGCCCCACCGUCUAUCUAUCUGCGUGAAGUCCGGGCUCGUUUGAAGAAAAAUAUACAUGUUGCUGCUCAAAACUGCUACAAACUCCCAAAAGGCGCUUUUACUGGUGAAAUUAGCCCCGCAAUGAUAAAAGAUGUUGGUUGUGAAUGGGUAAUACUUGGUCAUUCAGAAAGAAGAAACAUUUUUGGCGAACCUGAUGAGCUUAUUGCCGAAAAAGUUCAACACGCCAUUGCAGAAGGCUUAAGCGUCAUUGCAUGCAUUGGUGAAACAUUAUCAGAACGUGAAGCUAAUAAAACAGAAGAAGUAUGUGUAAGACAGUUGAAAGCAAUCGCAAACAAAAUAAAGUCUGCUGAUGAAUGGCAAAGAAUAGUUGUUGCCUAUGAACCUGUAUGGGCUAUUGGUACAGGUAAAGUUGCCACACCUACACAAGCACAAGAAGUUCAUAAUUUUCUAAGAAAAUGGUUAAAAUCUAAUGCACCAGCUGGUGUUGAUGAAAAAUUACGCAUUAUAUACGGUGGCUCAGUGACUGCUGCUAAUUGUAAAGAAUUAGCUCAACAACCUGAUGUCGAUGGAUUUUUAGUCGGUGGUGCUUCAUUGAAACCAGAAUUUAUCGACAUUUGUAAGGCUAGAUAA